AUCAGGAGAGGGAGGGCGGGGACACUCCACCCUUCAUUCUGCAGCUGAUGAAGAUAAUAGAGAAUAUGUUCUGCACAAUUUAGGGUCUGAUUUAACACUUUUUAAUUCAGUGUUUCAUGCAAAAACUAUUUAGUUGAUAUCAAUGAGUGUAAUAAAUUAAAUCUCUUCAUCUCUUCUUUCUUUUUCCAAUUAAUGAAGCAGAUCAACCAAGAAGAGCAACAACAACGAGAGAAAUGUCAAAAUGUCAAAGAGCAGCUGGAAACCAACAACACAGAGAACAGCAGCAGCUCAGACAGUCAGGAGACGUCAGGAGACAUCGAAGUGGUGGUUGUUGACACCUACAAGUUUAUCUGUCUGAGAAACGAGUCUGAUCAGGACAAACCACUGGGAGGACGUCAGUUAAAAGUCCAGAUCAACGAUAGUGAACCCAUCACAUACACAUUUGAUCCAUCAAUGGAACUCAAGACUGGAAAGUCUGUUACUUUAUACGGUCCAGACUAUGACGAGAGUUUUGCUGGCCCUGCUGACCUGGUGUGGGAGGACCUGAAGUCCUGGAAGUCUGGAGACAGAGUCCAGGUCUCUCUGCAGUGAAAUAGUUCCCAGUUGAACUCCUUCAAUAAAGUUCAGUAAUCCAGCAAACAGCAACAUUAUAGAUGAGAAACAGCACGACUCAGAUCUUCCUGCAGAAACCACACACUGCAGAGAAAGUCUCUGGAAACACUUGGCUCCAUUUUAUUGGAUUAGUCAAGUUUGAUGUGAACGUUGGUUUGUUUAAAGACUUUUACAGGAUGACGUCAGUGUUUUAGAUUCUAUGUAACAAGUCUCCUUGUUUCCUCCAAUUAAAAGAUGCAAAUAAAAGUUAACAUUUGGAUGUAAUGCCAACUCUUAUUUUGAAAAACAUAAAUGUGAGAAUUUUUUAAAUAAAGAAGAUACUUUUACAUUUACAGAU